AAGAGAAGUAACCGUCCGCACGUCGUCGUUUUCAUAUAUGUUCACUGGCAAUGGAGAAGGCCAUCGGAGCACGCGGAGUUACUGCCGGAGGAUCUUUUCCGGUGAACGGCGACAUUCUCCAUAACAUAUUGGGAAGACUUCCGGCCCGGUGUUUCGCGUCGGCGGCGUGCGUGUGUAAAACAUGGAACUGUAUCUGCAACCGUAUCCUGUCUCGCCCUAAAUUCGCCUCCGCCGUCUCCCUGAAUCCCUCGUUCGACGUGGCGGUGAAGGAGGUUCUUCGUAAGGUUCUGUCGGAGCCAAUUCGGCCGCACUUCGCUAUUGCCUGUAUCGGCGUGGAGUUCGAUUUGGAAGCUUCUCACAAUCUUAUCACAGAGGCAUUGGGCUCAAGAACUCCGGUGAUCACAAACGAAGCGAGAGGCAUCAUCGGCAUAGACGCAUUAACCAAUGAAAUCAAGGAGGUGAAGUGGGAAUCAGUAUCUGAGGACGAUUCUGAUGCUCAACAAUACAAUUCAAUCUCCAACCGAAACAGAGGCAUCGUUCUGGCCCUCGGAUUUCUUCCCGGAUUCAAGGCCGAUGCCAUCUCCCUCUUACGUCCAAAUAAGGCUUCUCAAGAAGUUAUGGUCGACAAGUUUAUCAUGGAUAUAAGAGACUAUACAGCCUCUGUCUCUGCUUCUGCAUCUCCUUCCUGCAUCAUUAUGUUUGGAGAUCAACAUGUGGACAUGAAACCCAUCAUUGCAAAACUUGAUUCUGCCAUGGCCGAAGAGACGGUGAUCGUGGGUGAUGCGUGUGGCUGCUUCUUGACCAGAAGUAGAAGAAAAAACAACGAAAUUGAUGGGAAUGAUUCACUCGAAGUUGAUGCUGUAGCUUUGGUACUCGCAAGGGACAAGAACGAGCCUCAAGGUGUAGGAGAAACCAUUUUCCACUUCACGUCAUCUACAGGGACAAUCCCUUUUGGGCCACAGCUGGAAGCCGUUUCCACGAAUGUGAGAGGCUCCAGAUUCACGUGGCUCUCUGCACUUAUAGAAGGAGAUGAUGAGAUCCUUCAUGGACACAGCAUUCUGAAGGCUCUUAAAGAAGAGAUUGAAUACGACGAUUUGGAAACUGAUCUGUUCAUUGGGGUUGUGCAAUAUAGAGAACAGAGCAUUGGUUCACAAAACCUGGGUCCCUCCCCAUCCUUGGCAAUGUAUAAAGUUUUAGGAGGAGACGAGGAGUAUUUUGUUGUGGAGGGCGUUGGAAUCAGGCCAGGCGAUUCCUUCUUAUUCUACCAUUCAGAUACGGAAACUGCUUUGUCUUCUUCUUACAAUGUAUUGGAAGAUCUUUCAACUUUAAGGCCGGACCCAGUUGGCUUCCAAAGCCUACCCAAAACCAGAGCUGCCGCGAACUCUGUUUCUUUCGGCGAGAAGAAUGAAGUUUUUGGAGGCCUCAUUUUCUCCUGCCAUUGUCGAGGUCGGUCAUAUUUCGGACGUCCCAAUGUGAAUACGUCGCCGUUCAGUGUGAAUUUCCCCGGAGUCCCAUUGGCCGGAAUAUUUUGCGCCGGAGAAAUCGGCCGGGCCUUCCCAAGAUCCAUCAGAGAGGUGGAGGAGGAAGAAGAUGACUCUGUUCGCCGUUGCUUGCAUGUCUAUAGCACAAUUUAUCUAGUGAUGUCUCAUGUUGACGGAGUAGAAAAGGAGUAGAAGAUAAUGAUAAGGAUGGAAAAGGGAGGAUAUUAAUCGGCUCUUUGUUUCCAUGGGAUAUAGCUUAUCUUGUAGUUUUUAAUAAGUUGAAACUUAUGGAAUUCCU